UUUGUGCACCAUGAAGAUGCACGCUACGGACAUCUCUCGCCAGCGGCCCAUGGCGCUCUAGGGGGCCCGAUGCCCGGUCCAGUGGGGGGAUAUGGUCAAAACUACUAUAAUCAAACCGUACCAUAGUUGACGGUUCGACUCACAUGAGGCCGGCAGCGGCGCCGGGGCAAUCGGAUUCAACUCCCACACCGUCGAACCCAGCCAAGUCAGCCACGCCGAGAGGGCCACCGAGAAAACCCAAGCAAUCCGGCCACGCCUUGUGGGUGGGCAAUCUCGCCCCCGGGACGAGUAUCGUCGAGCUAAAGGACUAUUUUUCCCAAGGCGCGGCAACGGAGGUGGAAAGCGUAUUUCUGAUCUCGAAGAGCAAUUGUGCGUUUGUGAACUAUAAAACCGAGGCGGCGUGUCUGGCAGCGUUAGCCAGGUUCCACGAUUCUCGGUUGCGUGGAGCUCGGCUAGUUUGUCGCGUGCGCCGGGGAAAUACUGAUCUGGCAGGACUUUCGGUGACCCCUCCUUCCCUUAAAGACGGGGACGGAGUUCUAGUAUCGAGCCCUGGGGAUGAGGAUGGCGGGGGGGGAAGGGAGACCAAUCCUACGCCAGGGCCGCACAGGUAUUUUAUCGUCAAGAGUUUAACGGUCGAGGAUCUCGAAAUGAGUCGGCAGAGCGGUAUCUGGGCUACUCAAACGCAUAACGAGGAUCACUUGAACCAAGCCUACGAGACCGCCGAUCAUGUGUACUUGAUCUUUUCUGCGAACAAGUCGGGCGAAUACUACGGAUACGCCCGGAUGAUGUCACCGAUCAAGGACGACGAGGUUCUCGCGCGCGCGAUGCCCCCACGGCCGGACCAUCUAUUUCUCGAACCUGACGACCUCAACGUCAUCGCGACGCCCGCGACGUCGACGGCCCCGAACGGACGGAUUAUAAAUGAUACCGCCCGCGGAACUAUCUUCUGGGAGGCGGAUACAUCAGAGGACGAGGACGAGGAGGAGGAGGAGGAGGAGGAGGAGGAGAGUCAGCAAGCAGCGCCCGCGGAGGAAUGGGGGGGACUGCAGCUCAUUGGGAAACCCUUUCGGAUUCGGUGGCUUUCCACUGAACGAGUGCCGUUUCAUCGUACCCGGGGGCUCCGCAAUCCCUGGAAUGCGAACCGGGAAGUGAAGAUUGCGCGAGAUGGGACAGAGCUCGCGCCGUCUGUCGGGGAGAAGCUCGUGUUGUUGUUCCACCCGGAGGAAGGCGGACCAGGGAAUGCAUCUUGAUGGGUGUAAUAUACAGCAUAUAUAUAUACAGCAUAUAGAGAUGAUUGGGGCAAUUCUUCGUUGCAUAUGAAAUGAAGUACAGCUUCUGUCGGUUGGAAG